ACAAUAAAUCUUCUGCACAAAACCUCAUCUCGAGAUGUUGAAAAGCCACACCCUACAGAUGCUCAACCAAAUCAACCUCUGUCAAUGGCACAGCUCAUCACUUCCAACCAAGAUGUCGAACAACCUUCCACUGUAAACCGAAACUUCCAAGCGAGAAAUUAUCUGUUUAUAGUCAGCCGGCUUGAUGUUACUUCCCCUGGGAUCUACAAUCUCCGGCUGUCAGGCGCUGGUCAAGCGUCGAAGGACGUUUCAAAUAACGACGGACUAUUAUCAUCAUCGGGACUACGAAACGUCAACGUUAGCAAUGACUCGUCGUCGUCGUAUUCUGUGACCGUUAAAGGCGAGUACGCCCUGCGUCAUGGAAUAGAACUGCUGGAACUGGGUGACCCGGAGCUGGAACAGCGUUACGAUGACCUGGGUAGCAACGAGAUAGAACUGAUUCCUGGACAUGAUUCAUCUCGAAACGCCUUCGGUGGACUGAAGAAGCAGAAACAAACACGAAACACCAACGAGCAGCAGAUUCUAGCGAAUGGCGAAGGCAGCGAAGAAAGCGGCACUCUGGGACGGGCAGCAGUUCAGGCCAUUACCAAAGUGGACAUCGGAGCGAACUCACAGCUGAACGGUGCCCGCGGGUCUACGAUUCGAAUCGUAUUCGAAGUAACGAACUUCCGGGAGACGCCGUCAUUCUACAUUUUCAGCGUGAAUGAUGAGCUGUCUUUUCUGCGUGCUAUGGAGCCAACAUCAGCCCUGCUUCAACCACAGCAGACUGUGAACGUAGCAGUGACAAUGACGAUUGGCCCGAACGCAGAGAUAGGCGCCCGGGACAAAGUUACUUUCAGAACGGAAGGAGGUGACCGGGUGACGCAGGCAGCUUGGAUUACGGUAACGGACUCGGCUGGCCUCUCGGAUGCUUACCAACCAUCGAUUUGGUACAGCUACUCGAGUCGCUGUGAAGGCCGCUCUACGGCAGGAACCUGCACCGGUGCCUUCUGGACGGUAGACAUCACAGCUCGCGAUUACGAGACCGGACUGAUGCGAAUCUCGUCCAGCCCCCUAGGAAUCAUUUACAAAUCUCCAUUCACAGCUGGUUCCAGGGAUGAAGUGAAGGCAAGCUAUACGGCUUCCUGCUGCCAACCGAAGGUCACCAUCAGUGCUCACGAUGUAGCGAGAAACGUUCGUAGCAUCAACCUGGAUGUUACGGAUAUCUGGCUGAACGAAGCCGGUAUUGCGGCAGUAGUUUUAGGAAUAUUAUUGUUUAUAGCACUUAUAGUUUUGCUUGUUCUGCUGAUACGAUGGUGCAUCCGAAGAAAACGACAGCAGGAAUUGCCCAUUUAUCGCGGUGAUGCAAGAACUACAAGAAGAACUACUUAGUUGGAGACGGAUGAGAAUUGAAUUGUGAAUCAAAAGUUGCAUUACAUUCCUUUUAGUAAUACCACCAACGUACCAAAUUAUAAUGUAAUGGUGUUUAUAAAAACUUAUUGUAUAAUGUUUAAAUGAUUGCAAACUAAGUAAAACCAAAUAAAGGGUUAACUCUAGAUGUUGAAAUGAAAUCACCCGAAUACUUCGUACAAAUGUUUUACAA